CGAGAGAAUUCCAUUUAAACUACUUCCCUCUUCUCUAUCUAGGUUCGUCGAGUAUUCUUAAUUUAUCAAAUCUAUCAAUAUCCAUCCUCCACCAUGUCUGAGAUCAACGUCGCCGCCUCGCUUUACCCCAAGCCGGAGAAAUUUGACGAGGUUGCCGCACUUGUCGCCGAGGUCGUCAAGAAAGUGCAAGAAAACGAACCCGGUACCCUAAUCUACUACGCGAUCAAAGUCCAGGACAAGAACGAGAUUGUGAUUAUUGAGAGGUACAAGGAUCAAGCUGCUGUCAAGGCACACUCAAAGAGCGCCUACUUCCGCGAAUUUUUCACUAAAUUAGCCCCGUUGAUGGCGAAGCCUGCAGAGAUUCGGGCGGGCGCAUUCUUGAAUGGUCAGCGGGGAGUGUCCCGGUUGUAAGAGAUAGGGGACGGAAAGACUGCUUGUUUACGAGACUAUGAGCCAGAGCCUGUGCUUUGCCGUUUGUUGUUUGAAGUGGAUGGAUCAGAUUUCUAUUAUAUCUUUGUUGUAGCAAAAUAGAGAGUGAUGCUGUAUGAUGGAGUAAAUAUUUCCACCAAUCUACCAAUCAG